AUGAAUAUUGAAGCCUCCAAUGAGAGUGGCAGUGGGGACCUGGAUGAUGACUAUUAUUAUAAUUUACCUGACUGUGGAAAGUAUGUGUGUUCCUUCUUUACUCUCACCACACUGAUCCCUCUGACUGUCAUCUUUCUCAUAGUGAUGGUCAUUGGAAUUAUAGGGAACACCAUCACCAUUCUUAUAGUGAGAAGAUAUAAGGAGAUGAAGACCACCACGAACUUCUACUUGUCCAGCAUGGCAGUGUCUGACAUGAUUAUCUUGCUGUGCUUGCCCUUUGAUUUGUAUCGUCUUUGGAAGUCUAGACCUUGGAUUCUGGGUGGGUUCCUCUGUAAGUUCCUGCACUAUGUUAGCGAAGGUUGUACUUACUCCACUAUCCUACACAUCACAGCGCUGAGCAUCGAGAGGUAUCUGGCCAUCUGCUUCCCACUCAAAGCCAAGGUCUUUGUCACCAAGAGGAGGGUGAAGGUGGUCAUCGGAGCCCUCUGGGUUUUUGCCAUGCUCUCAGCGGGUCCUUUCUACUUUUUGAUGGAUGAGAUUCCUGCAAAUAUAACCAAUAGUUCUGAGGACAGUAUGGAGUGUAAAUACACCCCGCAUGCCAUGGAGUCUGGACUCCUGGACAUCAUGAUGUGGGUCACCACCGUCUUCUUCUUCUUCCCCAUGUUCUGCCUUACUAUACUCUAUGGAUUCAUCGGGAAGAAGUUAUGGAAGAGCAAAGAUGAACUCAGAGGACCAAAUGCAGCUCACAGAGAGAAAUGCCACAGGCAGACUGUCCGAAUUCUAGUGGUGGUUGUUUUGGCUUUCAUAAUCUGCUGGCUGCCUUUUCAUAUGGGACGAAUCAUCUUUGUGAGCACAGAAGACAUUCGUAUAAUUGUAUUCUUUCAGUAUUUCAACUUGGUUGCUAUGCAGCUUUUCUACCUAAGUGCAUCCAUCAACCCAAUCCUAUACAAUGUCAUCUCAAAGAAGUAUCGAGCUGCGGCCUACAAGCUCCUCAUGUCUCGCUCAUCAGAAAAAAGGGCUUAUAAUGUUAUCAGUGAAUAUACCGUAGGAAGUACAGAGAUCAGCACUUGUAUCCAAAGUGAAUAUGCCACACACAGCAGACGAAGUAGACACCAGCCAUUCACGUCUCCAGAAAACGGUCCAAGAAAUCUUCUAUAUUUUCUAAAGCCAUUUCCAAAAAGGAAUUGUGACUCUGCUUCACUGAGUUCACCGCAAAAUCAGCCCAUAUAG